AUGAUCGGGGCGGUUGCAGGAGGUGCCGCCGCAGCUGGCGGCCUGGCAUUCCUCCUCUGUCAGACGCACUGCCCAGGGGGCAUCACAGGUGCCAUCGGUGGCAUGCUGGGUGCCAUCAACCCCAUGAGCUUGUUCAUGAAGAAGGAUGAGAAGGACGCGAAAGACGAGGAAAACGCAGCAGACAGCAUGGAGAAGCUGCAGAAGCAGACGCCAAGCUGCAUCGUGGUCCAAAUCGUUGUCAGGUCCUCGUUCCGCAUCUCCAUACCCUCCGUUCCGUCAUGGUCAUUCGAGUCUCGGUUCCCCUGCUUGUGGUUGGUGGUCUCUUCUAGUCUCUUCUCCGUUCACAUCCAUCUCAUGGCAGGGUUACCACCAUCGAGAAGCAGAGACUUGACUGCAUUGAUGAAUGCAAGGGCUUGUGCUUGCUGCUUGCAGGGGGGAGAAUGGCUGGUAGGCAAGAACCUGGCACUGUGCCUGGGUUGGAGGUGUGUGCCCGAAGCUUUACGUGACUUUGCACAUUGCUAG